AUGUCGCUGCUCCGGGACGUGUCGCUGCAGGAUCCCCGGGAGCGCUUCGAGCUGCUGCAGCGGGUGGGAGCCGGCACCUACGGAGACGUCUACAAGGCCCGGGACACGGACACGUCUGAGCUGGCCGCGGUGAAGAUAGUCAAGCUGGAUCCAGGAGAUGACAUCAGCUCGCUCCAGCAGGAGAUCACCAUCCUCAGGGAAUGCAGGCACCCCAAUGUCGUCGCCUACAUAGGCAGCUACCUCAGGGGCGAUCGGUUAUGGAUCUGCAUGGAGUUCUGCGGGGGGGGCUCCCUGCAGGAGGUUUAUCAGGCCACGGGACCCCUGGAGGAGAAGCAGAUCGCCUACGUGUGCCGGGAGGCCCUGAAGGGUCUGCAGCACCUUCACUCUCAGGGGAAGAUACACAGAGACAUCAAGGGAGCCAACCUUCUCCUCACCCUCCACGGAGAUGUCAAGUUGGCGGACUUUGGGGUGGCAGGGGAGCUCACGGCGUCCGUGGCCAAGAGGAGGUCAUUCAUCGGUACCCCUUACUGGAUGGCGCCUGAGGUGGCGGCGGUGGAGAGGAAAGGCGGCUACAACGAACUGUGUGACGUCUGGGCGCUGGGGAUCACUGCCAUCGAGCUGGGGGAGCUGCAGCCCCCCCUCUUCCACCUUCACCCCAUGAGGGCCUUGAUGCUUAUGUCCAAGAGCAGCUUCCAGCCGCCCAAGCUGCGGGACAAAGCCCACUGGUCCCAGGACUUCCACCAGUUCCUCAAGCUCGCCCUCACCAAGAACCCUAAGAAGAGACCCACGGCGGAGAAGCUGCUGCAGCACCCUUUCACGAUCCAGGCCCUCCCCCGCACCCUCCUCACUCAGCUUCUGGACAAGGUCAAUGACCCCCACCUGGGGGUCCCCUCCUCUGAUGACUGUGACCUGGAGACGUACGACACGUUUCCCGAUACCAUCUACUCCCGGGGACAGCGCAGCCAGGCAGAGAGGACCCCCUCGGAGAUCCAGUUUCACCAGGUGCAGUUCGGCACUCCGCGCAGGAAGGAAACCGAGCCUCUCAGUGAGCCAUGGGAAGAGGAGUGGACGCCGUUGGGGAAGGAAGAACUGACUGGGAGCUUGUUGCAAUCUGUUCAGGAAGCCCUGGAGGAAAGGAGUCUGACCAUGAAGCCUACUCUGGAGUCCCUGAUCUUCCCCGAAGACGGGACGGCAACCGUCAAGCGGUCCCCGUUCCAGGGGACAGGAUGCUCGGAACCUUCCGACUCCGUCGCAGCCGGCUUCUUUUCCACAGGGCCCCAGGACCUGUCUCUACCUCCUUCGGAAACGUCCCCGGUGCUGUCCACCGAGUGGGCCACGAUGAGGCGGAAAGAGGACACCGAGAGAUCCUCUUGCCACGGCCUCCCCCCAACACCCAAAGUUCACAUGGGCGCCUGCUUCUCCAAAGUCUUCAACGGCUGCCCCCUCAAGAUCCACGCCGCCGUCACCUGGAUCCACCCAGUCACGCGUGAUCAGUUCCUGGUGGUGGGGGCUGAGGAGGGCAUUUACACGCUGAAUUUGCACGAGUUGCAUGAAGACACGCUGGAGAAGCUGAUUGCACAUCGCUGCUCCUGGCUCUACUGCAUCAACAACGUCCUGCUGUCUCUGUCAGGGAAGUCGUCCCACGUCUGGGCUCAUGACCUCCUGGGGCUGUUUGAACAGCGACGCCAACAGAGACAGGUCCCCCUCUCCAUCCCUACCAACAGGCUCACCCAGCGCAUCAUACCCAGGCGGUUUGCGCUGUCCACCAAGAUCGCGGACACUAAAGGCUGCCUCAUGUGCCGAGUGGUCCGGAACCCGUACACGGAGAACACCUUCCUGCUGGCCGCCUUACCGGCCGGCCUGCUGCUGCUGCAGUGGUACGAGCCGCUGCAGAAGUUCAUGCUCCUCAAGCACUUUUCCACCAACUUACCCACCCCUCUGGGGUUACUCGAGCUGUUGGUCCUGGAGGGAGAGGAGCUGCCCCAGGUGUGUGUCGGGGCAACUGGCCCCGGGCGACCUGGCCCGGAGCUCCGCUUCCACAUCGUCCCCUUGGAGGCCGGCCCGGCCCCCAGCCACCCCGUCCCUCCAGAGGGGACACCCGGCUUGGCCCAGCAGGUGAUCCAGAUGGACAGGGACACGGUCCUCGUGAGCUUUGAACGCUGUGUGAGAAUAGUCAACUUGCAAGGGACCCCCACGGGAGCCUUGGCCCCCGAGCUGACCUUUGACUUCCCCAUUGAGACCGUGGUGUGCCUUCAGGACAGCGUCCUGGCUUUCUGGAGGCACGGCAUGCAGGGCCGGAGCCUGGAGGCCAAUGAGGUGACUCAGGAGAUCACGGAUAAGACCCGGGUGUUCCAGGUGUUGGGAGCCCACAAAGACAUCAUCCUUCAGAGCCUCCCGACCGACAACCCCGGGGCUCACAGCAACCUGUACAUCCUCACGGGCCACCAGAGCAGUUACUGAGCCUCGGCGGGCCCACCCCGGCCGACUCUCCGGGGGUUCUGGGGCCGGCGUGGCCCCUCCAGAUGGUGCCUUAUCCGCGGGGUCUCCCUGGGCAAGGCCAGGCUCCGUGGUCCCUGAGGGGAGACGUGUUCCUGAGAAGGGUUUUGGGGUGACCCAACUCACCGGGCCUCUGCAAUAACUGGACCAGACCGAGCUGCUGUGAUUUUAUGCUCUCCCGCCUCUCCCCUGGUGCUCACCGGUCCCUCGAGCAGAAGCCGAUCCUCCUGAAGACCGGGGAUGGGGGCUGCUUGGCCUAGGCUCCCUUGAGCCAGCAGACCGGAGACGGUCCCCUUCUCCCAGCUUCUUCCUUCUCCUCCCGAACCUGGAGGCUGUCCUGCCUGGGUCCCAGGGGAAUGUGGUAUUUAUGAGAGAUUCCGUUGACAUAAAGCGUGUUGGUUUUUCUUC